AUGGCUGAGUUUCACAGCCUUCUCAGUAUUACAGUAUUAAAGACAUCACAGUCAGAGACUGUUGAGGCAAUGGAAUAUCUUCUUCAUUGUAUUGGAAAAUAUGAACAAAUCAGAACUCUACUGAAAGAAAACAGUGAAUUUCAAAUGUCUCUGUUGGAGGAACACGAUACUUUUCCCUAUCAGUUAUUUACUGAUUUGCUUUGCGAUACUGGAAAAUUUCGAGAUGCUCUCUAUGUUGAGGAGCUGGGACGAGCAAGAGUCCUCACAGAAUUUAUGGCAGACAAGUACUCCGCUGAAAGCCACAUUUCAGCCGAUCCACGAUCAUGGUCUGGCAUUGAAAACGUCGUGAAAAGAGAAAGUAACUGUGUUUUUUUGUACAUUUCAUAUAGAGAUCGGCAAGUUCUUCUCUGGGUAUGGAAAACAAAUGGGGACAUUUGCUUUCGAAAAACAGACGAGGUGAAAGUAGAGACUCUUAUUGCUGAGCAAGUUUGCGAAGUGGAAGGAAUUUUCAAAAAGAGCGCCGCCUGCUUUGGUGUUUUACCCACAGCGAACUGCGAAGACCGAUCGCUGGAUGACAACGUUCAUGAAGAGAGCCAAGCAAAUUUGCGAGGUGACAAAAUCAAAGAUACCGGAAGAAGUCAUCAUUUGUGCUACGAAUGGAUCUUCGCACCUGUGGCAGAUUUACUUACAGAGCCCGAAAUCAUGAUUGUACCGGAUCGUUUUUCGUACCGAGUCCCAUUUGCUGCCUUGCGUGAUGGACCAGCUGGAAAGUAUUUAUCGGAGAAGUAUAGAAUACGCAUCGUCCCUUCACUGACGACUCUCCGGCUCAUUCAAGAAUGUCCAGCAGACUAUCACAGUCAAACUGAUGCAUUGGUUGCCGGUGAUCCUACGGUUGGCAAAGUGCAUUAUAAUGGAUGUCUCACUGACAUUACACCAUUGUUCUGUGCAAAUAAGGAAGCAGAGAUGGUUGGUCAACUGCUGGGCGUUCAGCCUUUGUUAGGAAGUCGCGCAACAAAGCACGCGGUUCUUCAAGCAAUACCUUCAGUGAGUCUGGUACAUCUUGCUGCCCAUGGAAAUGCCGAAAGAGGAGAGAUUGCCCUCUCUCCUCAGUAUACUUGUAACAGUACUCCACAAGAGGAAGACUACCUCCUGACAAUGUCCGACAUCGAAGGAGUUCAAGUGCGAGCUAAACUAGUAGUACUUAGUUGUUGUCACAGUGGGCGUGGAUUGGUCAAAAAGGAAGGAGUGAUUGGAAUCGCUCGAGCAUUUCUAGCAUCCGGUGCACGUUCAGUGUUGGUAGCAUCGUGGGCUGUAGAAGAUGAAGCAACGUCGAAGCUCAUGAAACAUUUCUACAAACACCUUGUUCGUGGAGAAAGUGCGAGUGAAUCUCUUCACCAGGCUGUUCAAUGGUUGAGAAGCAAUGGCUUCCCCAGACCUUUCCAAUGGGCUCCGUUUGUGCUGAUGGGAGAUAACGUGACAUUUUAUUUUAUGAAAAAAGGGAAAGAAGAACUCGAGGAGGACAGCAACGAGGCGGAAAAGAAACAGGAAGAACUCGAGGAAGACAGCAACGAGGCGGAGAAGAAACAGGGUGACAACUGAUCCUACACAAAGAUUCUUCUUCAUGUACAUUGUCUUUCAAUGGACACUGGUAUCACUUGCGAAGACAUUUUUUUAAAUUUUCUUUUUAAGUCAAGAAAUAAAUUUUGCGUGCUUUUAUAAGAAAGGCUUAAUCGAAAGCCGGCAACAUUGAAACCUGAAAUUCAGCCGUUUUAUCUAUUAAGUAUACUAGCAAUAGGGAAAUACAAUAAAUUGGGAUAGGAAAAAUGAACGCAGGAAAUUAGUUUGAUAUUUAGAAAUUGACAAAGUUGGCAAAGUUUCGUCAAGACUCAGAAUUAAUCCUUGAUUUAAAUCAUUACGAUCCUGUUUUUAAUUCUCCCGUUGCAUGCACACGUGAUCAUUAAAGAGUGAUUAAGACUGUUCACAAGUGCAGGAGAUGAUAACAUAACAAACUAAGAGAAGAGGGAACAAAAAGUGCCGAGAUACUGAACACACAAUCA